CACGCCAUCCGACUCAUCCCUCUUUUAUUUUCCUUCCACCUUGUUUUCUUAGCUUUCACAUUUCCCUUAUAAAUCCACAUCUACUUCCAAGUUUGAACUCUAACGACUUGCUGCUACAAUACUUUCCAAAUUUACUUCAAGCCAGCCAUGGCUUCUUCUCCUUCUCCAUCUUCCGUCUUCCUCUGCCUUUCCCUUAUCAUCCUAUUCGCUCUUUCCUUUGCUGAGUCGCAAUCCUUCGUCGGCGUGAAUUACGGCCAGGCCGCCGACAAUCUUCCCCCGCCGGAGGCGACGGUCAAGCUCCUGCAGUCCACCACCAUCGCAAAAGUCCGGCUUUACGGUGCUGAUCCGGUGAUCCUCAGAGCCCUCGCAAACUCCGGCAUCGGCGUCGUGAUCGCCGCCGCCAACGGCGAAAUUCCGAGUCUCGCCUCCGGUGCUGCCGCGGCCACCCAAUGGAUCAAUGCAAAUGUGCGUCCUUACUACCCAGCCACCAACAUCACCAUCAUCUCCGUCGGGAACGAGGUGAUGACCUCAGGCGACCAGAACCUGAUCUCGCAGCUUGUUCCGGCAAUGCGAAAUGUCCAGAGUGCCCUCAGCUCGGCCUCACUGGGCGGUAAAGUCAAAGUCUCCACCGUACAUUCCAUGGCCGUGCUGACACAGUCGGAUCCUCCAUCGUCCGGAUUGUUCAACCCAACACUGCAGGGCGCGCUGAAGCCGAUGCUGGCGUUCCUGAAGGAUAACAAAUCGCCGUUGAUGAUCAACCCGUACCCAUACUUCGCGUACCAGAGCAACCCAGGACCCGAAACAUUGGCAUUCUGCCUGUUCCAACCAAACUCGGGUCGGACCGAUCGGAGCAACGGCUUGCUUUACACCAACAUGUUCGAUGCACAGGUGGAUGCAGUUCAUUCAGCUUUGGGAGCCAUGGGAUAUGAGGACGUGGAGAUAGUGGUGGCAGAGACAGGAUGGCCCUCGAGUGGGGAUCCCAGUGAAGUGGGACCCAGUGUUGAAAAUGCCAAAGCGUAUAAUGGAAACCUCAUCGCUCACCUUCGUUCCUUGGUUGGCACCCCUCUCAUGCCUGGCAAGUCUGUGGACACUUAUAUUUUUGCCCUGUAUGACGAGGACUUGAAAGCUGGUCCUGCUUCUGAACGUGCUUUUGGCCUCUUCAAAACUGAUCUUUCCCAGUCUUAUGAUGUUGGCUUGGCCAAGUCUAGCCAACAGGCUCCAUCAACACCAAAACCUGCCGUAGGGUGGUGCGUUCCGAAGGCCAGCGUAUCCGAUUCUCAGUUGCAGGCGAACCUUGACUAUGCAUGCAGCCAAGGCAUAGAUUGUGGAGCAAUUCAGCCAGGAGGUGCUUGUUUCGAUCCAAACACAUUAGCAUCUCAUGCUGCCUAUGCCAUGAACCUCUACUACCAAAAGUUUGGCAGAAACCCCUGGAACUGUGAUUUCUCUCAAUCUGCUACUCUCACUUCCCAAAAUCCAAGUUAUAAUGGUUGCAUUUACCCUGGCGGGAGCACCUAAAAGGACAGAGACCUUGUUAAUUUUAUCGUCAUCAGCAAAAAUAAUUUUGUCGAUAAAUUGUAUUAGAAUUAAUCUAACGAAUAAAGGGCAAUUUUCUUGCCCUCCUUGUUUAAGGGUUAUGUCCUUUUUAAUCUUGUUGAACAGGAAUUUGUGACAGAUAUUUCAAGUUUCGUCCAUGUUUUCAGUCA